GGGAGGCGUGCGGUCCGUCAGGAGCCAGCCAGAAAAGAGAGAAAUAAACAAGCCCUACCGCUUGUCAGGGGCUGCGAAGAGACUAGGACCUCACAAAAAUAAACAAAUAAAUACAUAAAUAACAAUUAAAUAUAUAUAUAUCUUUUUUAUCUUCGUUAUGGCUGAUCAUCUUUUACAUUAUAACGACUCUGCAGGGGUCGGGAACCGAUUCGCUCGCAAGGGGGCUUUGCGACAGAAAAACGUUCACGAAGUGAAGAACCACAAGUUUACUGCAAGAUUUUUCAAGCAGCCGACCUUCUGCAGCCACUGCACCGACUUCAUAUGGGGAUUUGGGAAACAAGGAUUUCAGUGCCAAGUGUGCUGUUUUGUGGUCCACAAACGGUGCCAUGAGUUCGUCAGCUUCUCCUGCCCUGGAGCCGACAAGGGUCCUGACACAGAUGACCCCAGAAGCAAGCACAAGUUCAAGAUCCACACGUACGGCAGUCCGACCUUCUGCGACCACUGUGGUUCGCUGCUGUAUGGCCUCAUCCACCAAGGGAUGAAAUGUGACACCUGCGACAUGAACGUGCACAAGCAGUGUGUGGUCAACGUGCCGAGCCUGUGUGGGACGGACCACACAGAGCGCCGGGGUCGCCUGUUCCUCAAGAUCGAGGUCAGCGGGGACAGGCUACACGUCACAGUGGGCGAGGCCAGAAACCUGAUUCCCAUGGAUCCCAACGGCCUGUCAGACCCAUACGUUAAACUCAAGCUCAUCCCAGACCCAAAGAACGAGACCAAACAGAAGACCAGGACCAUCCGCUCCUCCCUCAACCCCUGCUGGAACGAGUCCUUCAUCUUUAAGCUCAAGGCAUCGGAUAAGGACCGGCGUCUGUCCAUUGAGGUGUGGGACUGGGACCGAACCACCCGGAACGACUUCAUGGGUUCCAUGUCGUUCGGGGUGUCCGAGCUCCUCAAGGCCACCAACUGUGGAUGGUACAAGUUGCUGAACCAGGAAGAGGGAGAGUACUACAACGUCCCCAUUCCCGAGGUGGACGACGUCAACCUGGAGCUCCGACAGAAGUUUGAGGCCUGCCAGUUAAAUAUCCACUAUCUCAAGAAAGCCAAGCUAGGCCACGGUAAGAAAGUGAUCACGCCAUCAGACCACCGGCGGUUCAGCCUGCCUUCGGGUAACAUGGACCGCGUCCGACUCAGCGACUUCAACUUCCUGGCCCUGCUGGGGAAGGGCAGCUUCGGCAAGGUGAUGUUGGCAGAGAUGAAGUCGACGGAGGAGCUCUACGCCAUAAAGAUCCUGAAGAAAGAUGUAGUGAUCCAGGAUGACGAUGUCGAAUGUACGAUGGUGGAGAAGAGGGUCCUGGCCCAGAGGGACAAACCACCCUUCCUCACACAGCUCCACUCCUGCUUCCAGACUGUGGACCGGCUAUACUUUGUGAUGGAGUACAUCAAUGGAGGAGAUCUCAUGUAUCAUAUCCAGCGUAUGGGCAAGUUCAAGGAGCCACAGGCGGUGUUUUAUGCUGCAGAGAUUGCUGUCGGUUUGUUUUUCUUGCACCGAAAGGGAAUUAUCUACAGGGAUCUGAAGCUGGACAACGUGAUGCUGGACUCUGAGGGCCACAUCAAGAUAGCCGACUUCGGCAUGUGCAAGGAGAACAUGUACGAAGGGAUGACCACGCGUACCUUCUGCGGCACUCCGGAUUACAUCGCGCCUGAGAUUAUAGCAUACCAGCCCUAUGCAAAAUCAGUGGACUGGUGGGCCUAUGGCGUUCUCCUGUAUGAGAUGCUAGCGGGACAGCCUCCUUUUGAUGGAGAAGACGAGGACGAGCUCUUCCAGUCUAUCAUGGAGCACAAUGUGUCCUACCCCAAGUCCAUGUCUAAGGAAGCUGUUGUCAUCUGCAAAGGGCUGAUGACCAAGCACCCAUCGAAGCGACUCGGCUGUGGCCCGGAGGGCGAGAGGGACAUCAGGGAGCAGGCCUUCUUCAGACGCAUCGACUGGGAACGUCUCGCCAACAGAGAGAUCCAGCCGCCGUUCAAACCCAAAGUGUGCGGCAAAGGGGCCGAAAACUUCGACAAGUUCUUCACGCGCACCCAGCCCGUGCUGACCCCGCCCGACCAGCUCGUCAUCGCCAACAUAGACCAGAGCGAGUUUGCCGGCUUCUCCUACAUCAACCCUCAGUUCAUCCAUCCGUCUCUGCACAGCGUGGUAUGAGGAGAGAGCGGAAAGUUGAAAAAGAGAAAAAAAAAAAAAAAAAAACGCACUGACGCCGAACACAAGUUCCUUCCAACCUCCACCGAACAUCCCUCCCCUCCGCCAGCGGACUCAUAUCAACCCCUGCAGUUCUCUGUCUACUAGUUAUCCAGUUAUCUAGUAUCUGUGUGCAGAAGUGACUGAGGAGAAAGCGGCAAAGCGACAAAGUGAUGGACAAUCUGAAGGGAGGACAGUGUUUCUCAUCAUUCUUUCCCUAAACAUCUCAUAACGUGUUCUUUAUUCUAAAUCUGUAUCCGUGUUUACCCAAACCUGCAGCCUUUAUCUCGUGAAUGAAUGUCGGUAUCAGUUACUAUCUCUUUAGAUAUUGAAGAUACGUCGUUUUUUUUCUCCUUCUCAUCCCGCUCACGCGCCUCCCCACCCCCCAUCUUAUUACGCAACAAGCUGCAAUGCACGACAAGAACAGAACAUAUUAUUCUGCUCUGUCCCAGCUUUAUCUACUUCUGAACUGCUAUAUGUGUAUAUUAUAUUUCUAUACUUAAAAAAAAAAAACGGAAAGAAAAGAAGUAGUUUACUGUUACUUGAGUGCCAAAGUAGAAGUGGAAUAUUACAUUUCUAUCACAGUGGCAAAAGUCCUUUAAUGUUUUUUCCCCCCCUUCUCUGUCCCAUCCCAGCUGUGUCCUCACACUAAAAGCCCUUAAACAAGGACUGUUUAUAUCUGUUGUUUUUGUAGGACAUGUAUCCAGAGUAUAUCUAACACGACACGUGGAGACGGAGGCGAAUUGUGGUUAUGUUUACAAGCUGUCCGGUUCUUUUCAAUGCGGCACGUGUUGCCCACAGUUGAGGGGACGCAGGGUCAGAAAACUGUACGGGACAGUGUUUUCGAGUAUAAAGAUGCUAUUUCCAUAUGCACAAAGCAAAUCUCUGUUGCAUGUUUAUUUUUCUGACCUGUAGACUCUAGGAUGCAGUACACGUCUGGCUAAAGUUUAGUAAUAUGAUAUUAACUAUGUUAGUAUGUUAUUAGCUGUACGUUUAUUCUGGAGAAAAGUUUAGAAAGAGGUUCCUUCGUUUACUUUUAUGUCGAGAUAUAUAUAUACAUAUAUAUAUAUAUGUCAAACCCUCUAUUGUAAGUCGACCAUUUUUUUCUAAAUAUGUUUCAAAAAGAGCGGUUACUUGCAGAUUUUAUACAACAAACUGAAUGUGCUUUUACUACCAUAGAUGGUUUCUAUGUUUAGGUUAGCCCGGAGAAUAGUUUUAAAACGUUUGGCUGAAUCUUUGGUAUCUUUGGUAUCGGCGAACAUUGUUGUAUUGUAUUUCCACUAUUUACCCGUCGUUUUUUUCUACUACUCAGUAUCCUAAACAGAAUAUGCAGCACUUAGCGUGCGUGGAAUGGUUGAAUUCCCUCUUGCCUUGGUCGUUUCGGGGCCUUCUGAAACAAGCCGAACUCAAAAUCAAGUUAAUGUUGUGGGGAUUUCGGAGCCCUUGUGUGCUUUAAAAAAAAGAAAAUAAAAAAAAAAACGUAUCGUGUGCAUGCUUGAGGCGAGGAGUCAUCUAAGCAUGAGAAAGACCCCUGCAUGUGGAGCACGGACUUCCCACCCCUGCCCUGUCACGCAGAACGAGACAGCCCCGGUCCGGACGACUUCUUCUGCUCGCGUCUGUUUCCCCCCACCCGCUGUCAUGUAGCUCGUCGGGCUGAAAAGCUGAAUUAUAAACGGACAAAUGUGUGUAAAUUGCUUCCGAUGGCUUUCCGUUCUCUCGUGCCAAACAGCGUCUUUAUGUUUCCAGGUCAGGUGUCUGCAGCGGUUUAUUUAUUUCAACUACUCGGGGGUGGUUGGGAGGGGGAGGGGGAUACAAAGGCUUCAAAAACUGCCAAAUUCAGAAAGACUGUACAAACACAGCCGGUUACUGAACAUGUGAUUUGAUGCUGAAGUUGCCACAUACAUAUGGAAGUAAAUGACAUCUUUAAGGUUAAACUGAAUGUUUAUAUGUCUCAUAUUGAGAAUCCCAAUUGGGAGAAGAAAUAAAAAAUUAAAUAAAUGAAUUAUAUUUGGUUGUGAGGGUACAAAACCACUACAGGCUCCGGUUAAAUCCACAGGGAUAUUUAUAUGUUUCUUUCAGUAGCCCAACUUUGUUAACCUGACUCUUCUUGUUCCUCUCUUCAUUGUGGUAUGACGGAUACUGUGUCUAAAUAAAGUAUCGAAAAUAUUUUAAAAAUA